GAGGGUGUAGGUAUGUGUUGUCAGUCGCAGCUACAUCCGACAAUGCUCCACAUACUGGUUGACGGUAAUUCACAACAGAUGUAUUUCUGAGGAAUGGACGUCAAAAGGGAAAGAGAAGGACUAAUAUUUACCGCACGGAACGCACCGUUGGAGCUGGGUCACGGAUUAAAAGAAAGUUGCCUCUUCAACCUGCUACAUCAACAGAAACAAUAAUGCAGUCUUGUGCAUGGACAAAUGGACAGUACCCACAGGGUGGACCACCACCUUCACAAUCCUCACAGGCUGCUGCUCAGUUUACCCAAUACACAAUGAGGAAUUGGCAAGCUGAGACUACAAAUAACUCAAGCCAGUACACAACAGCAAACACAGGAGUGCAGCUAUCAAAAAGUGCUUUUUGUACCUAUGGCAAUGGAGCUCACUCUAACAGACAGCCUUCAUAUUUGCAGAACUCAGCCGUUCCUCAUCGGGCAGUUUCUUCUCAGCAGCCAGCUGGAGAGGAGGAUCAUCUUCUGAGAUUUUUAACUACUAUUCUACAACAGUCAUCUACUAAUACACAAAGUGGAAACCCUAGCUUGCCGGUCACUCGCGGAUAUCAGCAGGAUUCUCAUCAGAUCCCUGCUCAGAAUUCAUCGACCCACUGUCCACCCAGCACAAUGAGAGCAAACACUACGUACUGUCAGCAAGACACAUCAGCACAUUGUAACCAAUUCGUAAGGGUUGCUGGGAAACAAUCAGUAAGGACACAGGGUGGCAAAGUUGUAUCUGAUCUCCAGCACUGCAGGAAUCCGAAUAGCUUGUUUUACAAUAUGAAUGGAGAGUCAAUAAAUCCCUUUUCAGCAAACACUGUGGCAGCUGCCUCACCUCCACAGGCAAAUGUGGUAUACCAAAACUCAUUAGUGCCUGCUGCUGCACACAACAGACAGACUGCUCAUAACCACAAUCACAAACAAAACGGCAGUCAGCAUUUCUUCAGUCCCUCCACCCCCCCACCAAGUUAUAGUAUGGCUUGCUCUCAGUCUUUCAGAAACCGCAGCAUUACAACAAACUCAUCACCAAGUGGACAGAAUGUGCACGUUUCCAGCACAAGCAGUCAGCAAUACUCUAUACAUAACAAUGGACAACGGGUCAACUCCACCAUUAGUUCAAAUGUAUGUAACAGGGAGUAUGAAACUGCAAUGAUCGCAAAAAUUGUGGAUGAUCUACAGAAGUCGUUCCCUGGUGGCUCAGAUGGUUGUUCUUCACUGUAUACUCAGUCCCGUUAUGGAGGGAAGCAGUUUAACAGCAAGGUCACAAUGACUGAGUCUAAUCAAAAGUGUUAUAACUCAAAUGCCUUUCAGUCCUUAACUCUCAAUUCUGGACAAGUUUUGCCUAAAACUCUCCACAGUGUUAUGUCAACACAGCACAGUGUAGUUAGGCAGCAGCAGCAGAAUUCGGUACAGAAUGUGUUUAAUGUCACACCAACAGUUGAUGGAAGAGGAAACGAAAAAAAGACAUCCAAUGCAUCUUUUCCCGAAAAAUUUGUUGGAUCUUUAAGUGGUGCAUCUCAACUUAAACAGCUGCCUGAGAACAUUUCACCACAGAGUAAUGAGACCCAUUCAUCUGUGGCACACAGUCGUGAAAGGUUUGAAAUACUUGACAUGCUUUCAUCAGUCAAGGUAAAUGACAGCUCAAGUCACUCGUCCCCCUGUCGCACAAGAGCUAUUGCUGUUGUGCAACCAUUGUCACAUGAGAGCUUUCCAGGUGCCAACGAGCAUACCUGUUCCAAAACGGCCAGUCAUCUGUCUGAGGGCACCGCAACAGAUGAAUCUUUGAGUACCCCAAAGGAGUUAUUAGUUUCACCCGAAAACGCAUCUUACUCUUGCUUAGAGAAAACAACUCAACCUGCAAGCAGACAUUCAGUUGAGCCUCAAGACUUUCUGCAGAAACAGUCUUGUAUUAAUGACACAGCAUCUGAACUGGUUAUUGAUGUGCAAGGAGACCAGUGUGUAGCACAAACUUCUCAACAAUCGGUAGCCUCUGAAAUGCCAGUGAGCCAAAGCAGUGAUAAGGACAAAGGUGAAACGCAAACAGAUCCAAUGGGAGUUUUUGAGCUUUGCUCUGUUCCAACAACCUCAUGGACCUCUGAAGAAUUAACUGUGUUGAUACAGAAAGCUGAAAAAGCCCAGAUGGAGUUAAAAGAUUUUCCAGAAUUUGAUUGUAUGAGUAAAUUAAGAAGCAUGGUUUGGGCUGACAAUUGGAAAAACUAUUUAGAUGCGUUCAAGAAAGGCAUGUACAGGGAUGUGAUAAAUAAUGUUCACAAAUUCUGCAGGGAACAUGUAACACCAGACUCUGUCAUAUUGUCAGAACUAAAGCACAGCUUUAGAAAGCAACUCAAGAGCUACCAUGUCCUCAAAGAUAAUGAAGUUUUUACAGAGCUGCCUUACAAAUCAUCAUGGUUGAACACCAAUGAGCAGCUUGAUGACAUUGACAAAGAGUUUGGCUUCCCAUGGUUUUUGAGGAACCGUCUUUACACGUUUGAGAGCGACAGCCGGCUCAAUCAAGAUGAGAUAGACAGUAGUAUCCCGGCACCAAUAGAGCCUGAACCUGGUGACCCAAAUGAAGGAAAUCAAGACUCUGCUGUUGAAACCAUGUCAAAACUAACUGCCUCUCCAAAUAACAUAGAGAGGGCUGAUUCCAAUGACCCAUAUUGCAACAUUGAAAUUCAAGUUUUGCCUCUAGCAGAGGCCAGAGCUAUUUUUGAGCAAAUUCAAAGCAAGCUGUCACCAAGUAUGAGCGUGGACAAUCAGCCAGAAAGAGACAUGAAUUGCUCAUUGGAGGAUGAGGAGAGUGAGCCACCUAAUGUUAUGGAUGCCACAUCAAAUGACACAAAACUGGACAAUGCGAUUUGCUGCAUUGCAAAGUAUAUGGAAUUAAUUUGGGGGUCAAGUGCAGCUUCUUUGAGAAAAUGCCAGUGCAAGCACAGUGAAAGGCAUGAAAAUACUCCUGACAUGACCCUUAAUGAGAAACAGAUGGCAGUACAAAAGGAAGAUAAACUGUGUGUGAUCAGCUCUGACACCAAACGCCAGUCUGCCACUGAAGAAAUGAAUCAAGCAAAGGCUGAGAACAUUGGCAAACAAGUUGGGACACUUUGGUGGCCUAAGUUACACAGUGAAAUCAGUCACACAAUUGACUCAACAGAAGAUGAAGACAAACCUCAUUCUGACAAAGAAUCGAAGAACAUAUCCCGGAGAAUCAUAGAUAGUGGCCAGUCAAGCUCUAUACACAUAGAUGACAGUAAAGAUGAUCUGUUCAACUUUGAAAAUGAAAUGCCCAACAAGAUGCCAGACUUUGAAAAUAAUUCUCAACAAGCUCAGGUGAAAUGGACAGAAAGUAUCCAGUCAAACGGUUCAGACAACAAAGAAACCAAAGAAUUCUCCAGAGGUGACACUGGAAUUCAGUCAGACCUUGAAGUGGAUCAUGUACAAGAUCAGUUGAAAUCUACAGAAAGUACACAGUCAUACACCUCAAACAGAAGGGACGAAGAAAUUGAAGACCUCUCCAGCAGUGACAGGGACAUUGCCAGCCAGAUGUCAGACUCAGAAGAGCAUUGUGGACGAGCUAAUCUCACAUCUACAAAUAUGGCAGAAUCAUCAUCGGAAACAAAAGAACAAAUUGAAAUCAGUGCAACGGGUGUCCUCCAGAGUGGUGAACACGAAACUGUUCAAACAAAGAGGAAGAGAUCAAGCAGUCAUUUAAAAUGUUUUCCGAUCUUUCAGAAAAUAAAGAAAUACAAAAUCCCCGAUGAUGUGGAUUCAAUGCCAAAAUGUGGGAAGGCUUUUGCAUUUAAGACUGAACAUUCAGCCCCGAAGGCUAGAACUGUAGAACUGUUAUUGUUUGGCUCAACACCACAAGACAAGUGUGUUUUAAUUGGCAGCAGAAAGAACAAUUAUUUGUCUCCAGAAUCUGUGUCUGAUGCAGUACCAAGCCCUCCGAGAGUUAUCAAGGUUAAUCUCAGUCCCUUGAAGAUAAACUCCACUGAAACUGUCCCAUAUUCAGUCAAACAAAGAAUUCAUGAAAAAUGGAGAAAAAGUUUACCACUAAGUAAAGUUGGGCCCAGAGGCAAACGAAAAAAAUGGAUGUGCACUUUUGCCUCUUCAUCUGGAGCAAGUCCAAAGAAAGCUGAAAUGGUUUGGCCCACCAACACUAAGGAGCAGCCAGUUUCCUCUAAAAGGAGAAGGUGCCUGAGUCUGAAGAGGAGGAGGGCUCUCUCUAACCGACUCAAAUGUAGAGAGGGGGAAAUGAAGAGACACACUGUUUCACUUCUCCGGCCUGCUGAUCAGACGCAAAGUCAGGCUGAAAAUGGAAGACAUGAUGUUACGCCUGUCCAGAACAAGAUUGUCCUGAAGUUCAGUGUCCUGCCCAAUACCUUCAACUUCAAUGAUGGAUUCCAAGGGAGCGAGGAGACCAAUGACCCUGGUCCAGCCAAGCCGUGUCUUGUUGAAGGAAAGGACAAUAGCCCCCAAAAAACUGUCACGAAUGCAAGGGAUAAAUGGCUUUCAAAUGCUGAGAAGAAGCAUUGUCCGUUGGUCAAGACCUACAGCAUCUUCAAUGAGUAUCAGAAGAAAUUCAAGGAGAGGAGGCGGACAUCCAUGGAUGAGUAACAUGAAGGACAGAAGUUUUACUGGCAUCGGUUAUACUCGUCUUCUCUCUGGGCAUGUGAUAAAUUUACUUCCCAAAAUGAUGUCUUUGUGUUGUUAUACUGUAAGUUCAAUGAGUAAAUGGAAGUUGUGCAAGUGUUGCAUAUAUUUGCUCUUGACAGUCUAUCAACACGUUAGUACUGUUUACAGGUCACAUGUGCCCUCAGAAGUUUACACAAAAAAGUUCCCUACAAACCCUUUAUGUUAUCCACUACUGUUACAAUUUCUAAUGUCUCAAUAAUAUGUUAUGAAUAAAUGUAACUGUUAGACAUAUUUUAUAUUUCAGCUACAUGUUUAUAUUUUCAUAUUUUUCU